AUGGACGCGCGUCACAGCACAAUCGCGACGCUACGCGCGGCGAGCGGCAGCUCGCACAACCUGGCGCGCGGCACACUUGCCGGCGAGGCCCGCGCGGCGGUGGGGCUGGGAACCGCGCCGACGCUUGGCGUGGUGCCUGGCCGCCGCCUCGGGCGCCAGGCGACCCUCUCGAAAGGCCUCAGGCUGCUGCAGCCGCCGGCCGCGCUGCCCCUGUUCGAUGUGUCUGUCGCAGUCCUGGACUCCCUGAACCUGAUGCGCGCCUCCAUGGAGGAGGAGGUGGUGUUGCAGUCCACCCUGGCCGUGCCGGUGCACCACGCCUUCGCCUGCAAAAUUGAGGCCUAUGGCACCCCCUUUGGGGCUCCGCAGCUGCAGCAUGUGGCCCGCGGUGACAUGACGGAGGACGACAAACAGUUUGCAGCCUGCCUCGCCGCGCCCCCAGACUCUGACAUCAUUGGCGACACCCCAGAGCUCAGCCUGCAGCGCAUGGCCUCCCUCGGCGCGCUGCAGCACUCGCCGUCGCUGGCCGCCGCGGCGCGCGGCGAGGAGGCGCCGGCGACGCCGGGCAGCGCGGUCCGGGGCGCGCGGGCUGGGGAGCUGGUGCGGUCCCCAAGCCUGCAGACCGGGCAGAAGAAGCAAAAGCGCGGGGCGCACGGCGGGAUGCGCGGCAACAGCGUCGGAGCCGACAACAUAUUUGAAGAGGGGAAUGAGGGAGGCGAGGGUGACGACGCUGCAGCGCUGCUGGACGUCUCGACCGCGCGCGGCCGCGCGGCGGUGGCUGUUGCAUCCAGCGAGGCAAAGGCGGGGCCAUGGCGGCCGUGGCAGGUGUUUGCGGGCACCGACGACGCGGUCGCGGCGAUGGUGGGGGUGGGCUACCUUAUCAUGCGCGCCGUGGGCUCUGGCCGCACAUUGGCCACGCCGGAGCGGCUGACGUCGCGGCUGCGGCGCAUGUCGCUGAGCCCCCGCCGGUCACCGGGUCCAUUGCCGCUGGGCGGCAGCCGCGGCGUGAUGAACGCGGCGUGA